ACUCAAAGCUGCAACUGAAACACAGGAUAUCAAAGCGCUGGAUGAUCUUCUCAAAGUCGCGAGAAGGCCAAUCCCGCUUACCACAAUAUCAUGUUGAGGACACCAAUGCUGUGGUCGGAGGCACUCUUGAAUGCCACCUCGACGUCGAAAUCUUCCAGUGAGGACCAUCCUGUAGAAGCUCCGGCACCCGAACAACCGCUUCCUCCACGGUACAUGCACGAUACAUACGCCGAAAUCCUUCUUCCGUUUGCGUCGUCUCCGGAGUUGCUUGAGCGGUAUACUAACGCAUGGGGUGGACUUCGGACUGGCAUGCUUAUGGAGCACCUUGACUCACUGGCUGGAUCGAUAUCUUACAGGCAUAUGCUGGGACCAGAUGUGGAAACCCUUGGUCGUAUACGUGAAAGAGGCUUUUACAUGGUCACCGCUUCUGUUGAUAGACUGGACGUUCUCGCCCCUCUCUCGCCUGUCAGGGAUAUCCGUUUGAGUGGCAUGGUCAUCUACACUGGGACUAGUUCGAUGGAGGUGGCUGUAAAGAUGGAAGCACUCGGUGCAAGCGGUGUGGAGAAUACUCUGCUACUCGGUCGAUUCUCUAUGGUAUGCAGGGACGCACAAACUCGUAAAGCUCGGCCGGUAAACCCACUCAUACUUGGUUCGCGCGAAGAGACUGCACUGUAUUCGAUAGGCGAAAAUGCAAAGAAGCGCAGACAAUCAUUAGCCCUUCGCUCUCUUUCUAGGGUGCCUCCCAGUUCUACUGAAGCGGAAGAAUUGCACUCAGUGUACUUGCAAUACGCUCAAGACAAUGGUCUGUCCGGUUAUGAACGCGUUUGGAUGGGCGAGACAAAUUUGGAGAAGACUAUGCUUAUGUUUCCUCAAGAACGCAAUGUCCACCAGAAAAUCUUCGGAGGCUAUCUCAUGCGACUUGCUUAUGAGCUGGGUUUCGCGAAUGCAUCACUCUUCACACGUUCGCACGUAACAUUCAUGUCACUGGACAGUAUCUCUUUCGCCAAACCCGUUCCUAUAGGAUCCAUUCUACGGCUGACCUCGCAAAUUCUCCAUACUACCCCUCCCGGGGAGCUGCCUGGUGUAGUGCAUGUCGGGGUCCAAGCUAAUGUUGUCGAUGUGCGGACUGGGCACGAGCAGACCACCAACGAUUUCCGUUUCACUUGGUAUCCGGAUGAUGGAGCAGCGGUCGUUAGACAAGUCGUCCCGAAGACUUAUCAAGAGGCGAUGCUUUGGUUAGAAGGGAAACGAGCACUUGAGAUGGGCAAUCAAAUCAGGGGAGAAAGAAACAAGAAACCAAGCACCUAGUGGCUACACUAAUUGACGUUCGUAGUAAGAGCAGUCCUCUGGAUUAACCCUACAAUGACGGGAUAUUAUUUCGUGCUACGGGAAUGAACGUCUAUAAAUAGC